CAGAGUAGGCCUCGUGCUGUCCUUCCACAUACUCCCUCAGGGAGGCCCUUGUUUGGAGUGUUGCUUCAGUUUCGAUUUCUGCUCUCGACUCCGAGAGCUGAGUAUUUAAAGGUAAGAGGAGGCGGAUCACAUUGCUGAGCUCGGGCACUGCGACAGCUGCUUCAGAGACGAGUUCUGUGUGGCAAGGAAGAGAGGUUCCAGUUCUUGUAUCUGUCUUGUCUUCAAGCUCUUCAGCUUGGUGGCGAUGAACCUGUACAGCUAUCAGGAGGAGGUGGUCCAGAUGGCUCUGGAGGGAAAGAACAUUAUCAUAUGGCUCCCCACUGGAGGGGGGAAGACCAGGGCGGCGGUGUAUGUGACCAAGAGACACCUGCAGACAAAGCCCAGGGGGAAGGUGGCUGUCCUGGUCAACAAGGUGCACCUGGUGGACCAGCAUUACAACAAGGAAUUCCGGCCUUUCCUGGGGAAUUCCUACGCCAUCGCGCACAUCAGCGGAGAUUCCGACCAGAAGGAUUUCUUUGCCAAAGUGGUGCAGGACAAUGACAUCAUCAUCUGCACAGCCCAGAUCCUGGAGAACGCCCUGAAGAACACGGAGGAGGAGAAGCAUGUGAAUCUCACAGACUUCACGCUCCUCAUCUUCGACGAGUGCCACCACACCCACAAGGAUGCUGUGUACAAUAAGAUCAUGGAGUGCUUCCUCGCCAUGAAGCUGCAGAGGCAGGGGGACUUGCCUCAGGUGCUCGGUCUCACUGCCUCCCCAGGGACCGGAGGGGCCAAGACCUUUGAGGGAGCCAUGGAGCACGUGCUGCAGAUCUGUGCGAACCUUGACGCGGCGGCCAUCGUCUCCUCGAAAGUGCACCACAAAGAGCUUCAAGCGAAAGUCCCCAAGCCGAGAAAGCAGUACGACAUCGUCAAUCCGCGACUGCUGGACCCCUUUGGGGACAAGCUGAAGGAGAUGAUGAGGCAGAUUCACAACUACAUGGAUGCUGAAGGGAUCAGCCGGACGUUUGGCACUCAGGAGUACGAGCAGGAGGUGGUGCUGCUGGAGAAGAGAGGCGCGGAAGAGGGGAACAGGCAGAUGAGUCAGUGCGCCCUGCACCUGCGCAAGUACAACGACUCGCUGCUGAUCAACGACACCGUGCGCAUGGUUGAUGCCUUGACCGUGCUGGAGGACUUCUACAGCGUGCAGAGGGCCACCCGCACUGGCCUGGACCACACCGACCGCUUCCUGUUCGCACUCUUCCAGAAUAAUGAGACGGAGCUGCAGCGCCUGGCUGCCCAGCAGUGUUUUGAGAACCCGCGCCUGGCUGUGCUGGAGCGGACCCUGCUGGACCAGUUCGGGGCUCAGGGGAAGUCGCGCGGGAUCCUCUUCUCCAAGACCCGCACCAGCACCCGCUGCCUGGACAGCUGGGUCUCCUCCAAUCCGCAACUGCAGCAGGCCGGCAUCCGGGCCGCCAUCCUCACCGGGGCCGGGGUCAGCAACCAGGCGGGCCACAUGACGCAGCGGAAGCAACAGGAGACUAUCCAGCGGUUCCGGGACGGCGAGCUGAACUUGCUGAUUUCCACCAGCGUGGCUGAGGAGGGCCUGGACAUCCCUGAGUGUAACCUGGUGGUCCGCUAUGGCCUCAUCACCAAUGAGAUCGCCAUGAAACAGGCCAGCGGGCGUGCCCGGGCCGAGGCCAGCGUGUACUCGGUGGUGGCACCACAGGGCGGGCGGGAGCUGAGGAGGGAGAAGACCAACGAGUACCUGGAGGGGCUGAUGGAGAGGGCCAUCGACGAGGUGCAGCGCAUGCCCCCCCGCGAGUACAUGCUCAAGAUCCGGGAGCUGCAGAAGGAGGCGGUCAUCGCUCGCCACCUGGCGAAGGAGAAGGCGGAGGGCAAGAGGAGCCGCUACGGGCCGGCCAACGUGCGCCUGCACUGCCGCCGCUGCAACACCGCGGUUUGCCACGGCAACGACCUGCAGGUCAUCGAGAACAACCACCACGUCGUGGUCAACCCCCUGUUCGAGUACUACUACCAAAAGGGCGGAAAGGUCAUCCUUCCACGGACGUUUGAAGACUGGGAGCCGGGCUGUGCAAUUAGCUGCGCUGGUUGUGGCCAGGAGUGGGGCAUGGAGAUGAUCUUUAAGGGAGUGAUUCUGCCCAAUCUGUCCAUCAAAAACUUCGUCAUGGAGACCCCCGACGGACGCUUCUCCAAGAAGCAGUGGAAAGACGCCCCCUUCAGCAUGGAAGAGUUUGACUACAUCGAGUACUGCGAGAGAAAGUUCUCCGACUCCCUGGGUGACUUGGCCUAACACCAUUCACAAAGCCCCUCAGAUUUUAAUCCUCUUAAAUUGUUCACACCAUGGAUUCUGUUUUACACAUGUGCGACAGAGAUGCCUUUCUAUUUUUACAUAUAGAGAAAGUGCUUGGGCUUGAAUUCUGUCCUUGUCGUCAAAGACCCGUUUUUGAGUUCAGGGCUUUGUGGAUGUCCUGCUCGCCAGAUGUAGGAUCAAUGAAAUACUGCAGCCUCUUUCAGUGCCCCUUGAACCAGGUUUUAUCUCGGCUCUUGCUAGGGUGGUGGGACUAUCCCAUGAAAUUUUCCAGCCGAUUAUUUUAAUGAACUGCACAGCUCCGCGUGUUCGGUGGAGUGCUGAAUACUGGCUCGUGGAUAAAGAAGCAUCCCUGAGGCUCACAGUUUGAAUACUGGCAUUAAUUACAGUUGCCCUUUCAGAAAGUGCCUUUCCAGUCCUCUCUUCUCCUCUUUCCCGGUAUUCAAGUCUCUGAAGAAACGCUUUAAUUUGGCUGUCACCAAUGUACUUAUUUUUCUAGAAAAUUACUGAACGUAAUUAUUGAGACGGACAAGGCAGAGCUAAAGAAAUGAACUGACAUGUCUUAAUCACAGCCUGGCAGUUCCUUUCAAAUGAUAAGUGACCCAGUGCAGACCAGACUCAAUCUGUCUUGUUGUUUUUUUUUUUAUUUUGACUUCAGAGCUCCCAGUCUUUUUUUUAAUUCAAGUUGCACAUGGAGGGAGGGCCUGUUUUGGAAAACCACUGAUUUGCAGGCAGGGCUUUUACUGAGCAGAACAGAAAAUGUUCUCAAAAGAGGGCCUAUAAUAAUGGAUGACAGGGGAUCGUGUGUGCAACACUUUUUUUUGCUCAUCUUCUCCUAAGACGGUAGUGUGUAAUUUGUAACCGCAGAGUGUCAUUUCCUUUUCAGUGAAAACUGGCUUUUUUUUUUUACUGUUGCCUUUUCAGCACACAAUAUUUCUUGGGUAAAUGACUUUCUGCACUGCAAGGACUCUGAGAUCCUAGAGGUCUUGUGUGUCAGUUGUUUUUCAAGAUCUGCUCCAAAGCAGUCCUCUGUGUGUUGCAAUAGUGAGAAAGUGUAAACCAGAUAAGCUGCUGACAAUGGUAUAGACUUGAUGAAGACGAGCAGUUGUGUAUCAUCAGCAUGCGAUAUUGUAUUACACAUACCAAUGCCCUUGGUCAGGUUAGUGCACCUGCAUUGUCUGUGCCCAAGGUCUCUGUUGUUGUCUUUCUAAGGCCACAAUCCUGCAUGCUAGGCUUUUUUAGCUCAAAGGCAUCUGUGUUCCAGGAUUUAGUCAGCAGUUCUUUAAAAGCAGCACAUGGAUUCGGGUUGAAGGUGAUCCUUUCAGUCGCAAUGCCUGCUGCACGUACAAAUCAGUGCAGGUUUUAGGUUAUGCAUAGAUUUUUUAAUUCAACAUUCCUGUCAUCUCUGUACUGUUUUAGGAAACGUAUGUUGAACAUAGUUACUAAAACACUGCUGCUCACAAAUGCACUUUAAUUUCCCUUUAGAGAAAUGCAAACAUUUGUACUGAAUUACAUCAGGUACUUAGUUGACUCAUUUGACCUCUAGAUGGCAGUGUUGUUUAGUGUAACUGGAGUGACCAAAUGGGAAACUAAUUCCGUGUUUUAUUCUGUAUUUUGUUUUGUUUUUUUUCAGAUGUCUGGUUCAUUUAUAUGUUUUAAAUUGUUUAUUCCUUAUA